AUGGACGGGGAGGAGACGGAACUCUACAUCGGCGGACCCGUCGAAAAUGACGGGCAUCUUGGCAUGGAGCGGCACGUUCACGACCAAAACCGUGCCUCUCCAGGUCUUAUGCUUGGAGAUGAUUUGAAAGAGUCUGGUUCUAUAACAGUUGCGCGCGCGGCUGAAAUAUUCGCCGUGUGUCCGAAAACAAUACGGAGGUGGUGCGACGCUGGCAAACUGGAACAUUUUCGGACUCCGGGUGGCCACCGUCGCAUACGCACGAGCUCUGUCAUUGAAAUACAACAGAGGACCUCGCAUCCAAAGAAAGAAGAACGGCCGUGA